UCGCAAGUUACAUCAUCUUCAUUUGUAAGAACAAAUGUCAAACAUGUAAAGGCUCUAACUCAUGGUCAAUCAGGAAACGGCGGUCAUUGAAAUAAAAAGACGGAAAGAAAAGAUAAACUGUCCGUUAUAAUUAUAUGUGUGAAGAUAUGACUUUGUUAGUUCAAACAGAAAUGAUGAUAUCAUGUAUGUAUUUGUAACAGUAACCAUCGUUCGUCUUGCAACAAUGUAUGUACAUGUCGGUGUCUGAGGGACUUGCUUAUAUGUUUGCGAUUACAAUCACGUAGGAAUAUUUGUGAAAUUUUCAUAGCAUGUCUUUCUUCAAAGUUUUACUUCUGGAUAAAAUGUAGCCUUUUUUCUUUGUCCCACGAGAAUAGACAUAAUUUAUUGAAUUUAGCCGAUAAACUUUAGACUCCACUUCUGUCAUCAAACACAUUUUAUUUUUUUAUCUUUCUUUUAUUUCCUUUUAUUUGUACCUUUUUCAGUAACUCCUGCAAAUUAAUAUUUCAGACUCUUGUUCGGUUAUUGACGUUUCAGACGCUCUGCAUCCACUAGAAAAAUACUUGUAUGUAAAGUUCAAUUCCAAAUUGCUUAGUAAAUUUCCAGAUUGAGUUCACUUUUUCAUGUAUAUCCCAUAUAUGUUAUAAUUUCUGUGUAACUCAUGAGCUAAUGUAUAAGCUAAAAAUGACACUUUUUUUGUUACACAUUUCAUACAAUAUCUUUCUCUAUUUUCUAUUCGUGUAAUUAACAAUCGUUUGUCAUUUAAAACAUGAUCUUUCAGGUGUUUCAUGCUUCCUUUAAUUUGUAAUUUUGCUUUAAAACUAUAAUCUUUCACGAAUGAUAUCUUUAAAGCUGAUAUCUUAUAAAAUGUGUAUUAAAAUUUUUUUGCCUGUUUCAAUGUAGUAAAGUCCUUUAAUUUUACAUAUGUUUUUUUUCAUCCUACUUACGAAUAAAUUUUAAUUUAUUAUUUGGCAACUUAAAUGUAGCGCUUCCUUCUGUGUACUCUAUACAAAUGCAAUAACGUAUAUAAGAACACGUACGUAUUGACUGACAACAAUCAAAUACUGGAAAGGUUAACAAGUCUCACAAUAAAUGUGCUUAAUGUUUAGAAACAUUCGCUCGUCUGUGUUUCGUCAGAGACGGUUACAUAAUUCGGGUAGAUUUCCCUACAUUCAUUAUUUGAAUUAAACUUUGUACGUUUUUCAGUAUCAAUAUUAUUCAUUACUUGCAUUAUUAUUAAAAUUAUUUGUCACUCUCAUAGUUUGUUUUUUAUAUUAACUGUUCGUAUAAUGUGCACGUACGAGUAUUAAUUUUUCUCUAUAUAUUUUAAUCUUUUCAACCAUACUUCCAAAGCAAAUAAUAAUAUCGAUAAAUAUCAAUUAAAAUAUUAAAACUAUAUUUUAUCUUAUUUUAAAAAGAAUUGUUUUGAAUGUCAAGAACAUUUGGGGGUUAAUUCUGUAUUUCUAAAGAAGUGAAAAUGUGAAAAGUGAACAACAGUGAUUGGUAUAUAUUGUUAAUUUUAAAAGUAUACAUCAAUCAGUGGUGACAAUGGUCCUCACUUUUCGUAUUUUCACUUUCUUCAGAAAUACAGACUCAACCUCCUGUACAUAUAUUAUAAAAUAAAAAGAAAGUCGUACCGAAAAUAUUGCUCUCGCACGGCUCCUAAUUUAGCCUGGAAGAGAACCAUAAAAUCGUAAAUAUUACCUUAUUCCCCUUAUGGGAUUCACAAAUCUAGCUAUGUAGUGCAACGUCCACAUUUUAUGGAGAUGGAGACGCUCCAAAUUAAAGCUAAAUCCCGGCCGGUCUCCGGCUUCUCUUUCUCUCCUGUUCCUCUCCUUUACGAGAUGCCAUGGGCCUUUAAUCUCUGCAGUGAAGUUUACAAAAUUUAAUAUUACAUUCGCGCAUGCGCGAGAAAGAGCGGCACCGCUCUCUAGCGCGCAACGUCGGCUCUCCUGCCUGCCCUGUGGCUGCUCGCUCGCUCGAGUCGCCGUCUGUGAAAAUGUCAGCUCGCUGGUGGUGAUUCACGCCAGCUCGCCUCGGUCCGUCUCGCGCGCCUAUCAAACAACCCGCACGACCCGUGCCGUCACACCACGAGAUCGACCACGUUCUGCUCGGGCUGCGUACGAGCAGGAUGAUGGAGGAACCACUGAGUCGAGGUGCCUCGCCAUGCGGCAGUGGGAGUGGCGAGCUCAAUUCGACCACCAGUCGAACCAUAGUCAGUCUAAACGAGAGAAUACUGGACAUCACGUCGCGGCAUACGUUAAAUGCCCUCAGAACACCACCGACGAAGAAGGCCAAGAGAGUUCGAUUCUUCCGUAACGGGGAUAAGUAUUACACGGGUGUGGUGAUGGCGGUGACGCCUGAGAGAUAUCGCAGCUUUGACAGCCUCGCGACCGACCUGACUCGCGCCCUGGUGUCGAACGUUACCCUCCCGAACGGCGUGCGGACUAUAUACACCAUGGACGGACGCAAGGUACAGAGCGUUAGCGAUCUGGAGGACGGCAAGUGCUACGUGGUGUCAGGUCAGGGCGAAAUCUUCAAGAAGGUCGAGUAUUCGGCGUCCAAGGUCCGUCGCGGAAGCUCGCUGUCUGGGCUGCCGCAGUCUCCGGCGGCGAGCAGCGGUGGCGGUGGUACCGGCAGGCAAACCAGUCCGAUUCCACUGUGCGUAAAGGCGCGCAUAGUGACGUUGAUCCGCCAUGGUACCAAGCCCCGCAAGGUGAUGCGAUUGCUGUUGAGUAAGCGCAACGCACCAAGCCUCGAGCACGCGAUGGAGGCGAUCACGGAGGCAGUGAAGCUCGACACCGGGGCGGUCAGGAAGGUGUACACGCUGUCGGGCCAGCAGGUGACCAUGCUCGAGCAGUUCUUCGAGAACGACGACAUUUUUGUGGCUUAUGGCCCAGAGAAAUCCGUGCAGGAGGAUUUCGAGCUGGACUUCGAGGAGAGUAAAUGCGUGCAGAGCUUCCGCCGAUGUCCGUGGAGCUCCAAGCGGCAGAGCGGUCCAAUGCCGCGGAUGCCGAGGAAGUCCGGGAAGAAGACGCUUACCACGCCGCAAGUCAGGACUCCCAGUCCGUCGUCACUGAUACUGCCGCAGCCUCUUAGACUGCAUUACACUGUAGGGCAUAUAAUUGGAGAUGGAAACUUUGCUGUCGUUAGACAUUGCACCCACAAAGCUAGCGGCGCUGAAUACGCUAUGAAAAUCGUAGAUAAACACAAGUGUCAAGGAAAGGAAACAAUGUUAGCAAGUGAGGUAGCAAUACUGAGACAAGUUUGUCAUCCUAAUAUAAUUAGCUUGAUCGCGGAACAAGAUACUGCCGAUCAACUAUUUUUAGUCAUGGAACUCGUCAAGGGUGGAGAUUUAUUCGAUGCAAUCGCAGUUGCGACGAAAUUUUCCGAAGCAGAGGCGAGCGUGAUGAUUAGUCACUUGACUUCCGCUUUGGCUUACUUACAUUCACAUCAUAUCGUGCACCGCGAUGUCAAGCCGGAAAAUCUUUUGGUUGAGAUGGAUGGCAGUCAUGUUAGGUGCUUGAAAUUAGGUGACUUCGGACUCGCACAAGUGGUGCGAGAACCCUUGUACACAGUUUGUGGUACACCCACCUAUGUGGCACCGGAAAUCCUCGCUGAAACGGGUUACGGUUUAAAGAUUGAUGUAUGGGCGGCUGGAGUGAUUCUGUAUAUUCUCCUAUGUGGUUUUCCACCAUUCGUAUCGGUAGAUAACGAACAGGAAGAACUGUUUGAGCGUAUCCUGAGCGGUCAAUAUGAAUUUACAUCGCCAUAUUGGGAUACGAUAUCGGAUUCUGCGAAGCAACUCAUCUCGAACAUGCUGCAGGCACAACCGGAGCUUCGCUUCAGUGCGGAGGAUGUACUAGAUCACCCGUGGCUCGCGCAGAGCUUUCUAGGAGGCGAGCAGACCGCACCAACAACAACAGCCACCGACGCAUCGGCGGAGCAAUACUGGAAUCAGCAGCGUAAGCCGAUAAGAUUGGCCACCUUCGAGUUCGACUUCAAGAAGCAGCGCAGUCAACGACAAGACGACGACACCAAGAUAAGAACUGAGUGGAAGAAUGUUCAUGACACAUCGGGGUUUAUUAAUCCCCAGAGAAAAUCGGAUGAGCAGAAUCACGAUGAAAUCGAUUUUACUAACGGCAAUAGCAACGAAGACGACGUGUUUCUUAGCUCCGACUGUUUGAAGGACAUCAAUAAUCUAAGCCGAUCGAUGCACGAUUUAAUAGAUAAUUUGAACGAUAACAGAACACCGCGACGUCGUCUUGAAUCUCAAAGCGCUACUUCGUCACUCAAUAGCAUUCCAGAGAAUUUGAAUACGUGCAAUUACCGCAGCAAUUCACCGAUUCGUUGUGAUGAUAUCGUUGAGAAGACAGUCACGUUUAGAAAUCAUCGAGGCGAUCAGAAAAAUGGAAACUCAGUGGAAGAAGCAAGGUAUCACCACUCGAACCAUUUUGAGACGCCGAAGUCGGUGAAGAAAUGCACAAAUCGGCAAAAUAAAUGCCAAAAGAAUUUGUACGCGAAGAUAAAUUGUGAUAACAGAUUCGAUAGCGAUGACUUCCGCAAUAGCAACGCGACUGCGUCUACGUCGAGUGACAGCCUGACCGGCGACAGUUCGACUGGCAAUGACAUCGAGAUUUCUGACAGUUUUGUAAACAUUCAAUUCGCGCGAUUGGCAUGCGGACAAAAAUCGAGCUCGACGCAAAGUAUGGAAUCGACUGAUAGCUUCGAGAAUGUGAGUUUUCGAUACACAAAUCAGAACAAUUAUCUUGGCGAUUAUCAUUCCUCACCGAUUUCUUCGAAGCUCGUGAACAAUCAGACUCAGAAUACGUCUGGCACGAGGAUAUUGCAGAGUCGAAUAGCUGUGCUGAAUACAUUAAGAUCACCUAAAUUGGACAUUAAACAACCUGAUAAAAAAAACUGCAACAGUCCAUUCAGUAGGGUUCAAGAAAUGGACAAAUGCGUCAAGAACGAGCCGGUGAAGCUGCGGCAUGAAAGAUAUGUUAAUAAAAAGAACCAAAUAGAUUCCAGAAGUGUCAAGAGCAAAAGAUAUAGCUGCUUUUCUCCACAAACGAAAAGAUUGUCUGAGGAAGUCGGUGGGAGUGGUGGCAAUAAAGGGACGCCACGAAAGUUCAGUUCGACGGAUGAAUUACGCGACGAGGUGAGGCAGAAGCCAGCAGCGCGGGCGAACCGAUUCAGUUUGUAUUAUACACCGCAGCCGUUAAGGAAGACAUACGAGAGCGAAGCGAAGACCGGAAGGAUUACAUACAAGUCUACAGGUCGCAUUCAAAGAUCUGAGAUGAGUAAAGGAAAGGAUGGAGAAGAGAUAGAAAGAGAUACACACACACCCAAGAACCGGAGAUCGGUAAUCGACGCCUCGACGAUCGCUAGCAGGAGCAAAUCCAACAGACAAAAUGUUCAUGUGAAACCAAGCGGUAUAUUGAAUACCACCAGGACGAAGUGAUAACGAGUAAAGAAGAGUGAAAAUGGUUUCCGAAGGGUGUGUGAACAUUGAUUGAUUUGCGUUACAUGAAAUCCAAAGUCAUGCGUUAAGAAAAGUUACGUGUCGCUUUAUAUUCUGUUAAAUUGAAAUCACUGAGGAAUAGGUAGAAUAAUACUAAAUGUUUUACGAUGGAAAAGAAACGAUCUCAUUCUUAGAUUUUGAACUUUCAGAUUUACUUUAACGGUACCAACGAAAAGAAUAGUAGUUACAAUAAUCUAUAACUUUUUUCCUAAAGUUUUCAGUUUAUUAGUUGCAACAAAAAGACAAUAUUAAAUACAAAACGAUAGGAUUAAAGAAUUAUGACAUUGUUAAGGCAUUUUAUCGAUAAAAUAGCAUUGGAAAACGAUUGUAAGAUAUUAAAAAGUACAGUUACAAUAUUUUUCAUUGACGCCAUCCAGAAAAACUCAUGUAGAGAUUAGAUCCAACACAGAGUAAUGUGAAACAAUAUAAAACUUUCUUUUAACUUACGUAUAUUUCCGUACAAUUUUUAAUUGUUGAAGAAUAGCCGAGAGAGACCAAAGACGGAUACAUAAACGCAAAGUGCAAAAGAUUUUUAAGAAUAAAACUGAAUUGAACAUUAUAUCUACGAAAAUUACAUUUACCAGUAUUAACUUUUAGAGUUAAUCUGGAGGACUUGCUAGCUGUUAAAAUCCCGGUUGCAAAUCGUCCUUUUAGUUAAAGUAAAAGUAAUAUAUAAUUAAUCUCGCGCGAUAGUGCUAAUCGAUAAUGAUGAUGUGAUCAGUCUUUAAUCGUCUGAGAUUAAAGGGUGACUAUGUCAAGAGCACCAAGAUAUAGUGAAUCAAUAGUGUAUGGUGAUGGAGAUUGAAGUGGACGAGUUUGAAAUUAAGAACAAAACAUGCCAAAUGCAUUUAAGUAGGAUAUUUUAUAUCGAAUGUCUAUGCGUAAGUCUAGCUGUAGGUAACACGUAAAGAACAGAGUAUUCAAUCAAUUCUUUCAGUUCCAUGAUGCGAAAGAGGCUUCAAUAACAUUCGGGUUGGCGCGAAAAUUAAUCUCUUGACAUUUUUAGCUUAUUUAUAUUGAUAUUUACAUGUCUCGUAACUUUAAACGUAAAACUUUGUCUCAAGCCAAAUUGCGACUUUAAGGUGAAAAUUACACCGAAUAGUUUCUUAAAGAGUGCAAUGUAGGAUCGAAAGGAUUAAAAUAGAGAAUAUUAAAUAGGAACAUUAAGCUUUUCGAGCGAUUAGUGAUUAGCAAUUGGUAAUGCAAGAAUUUUUGCAACGAAAGACAAAGGGCGACGAAUUGGGCGAUUUUGGAAUGCUGAAUAAGUGUAGUGCACAUUGAACUUACUCAAGAAAAGGCGAGAAGAUAAUUAUUUUUGUAAAGGCGCCGCGUCGUACUAGCAAUAAGAUGAGACACUAGGAAAUUGACAAAACGAGUGCGCUGCAGAAAAAGAAAGAGAUAAUUAUUAGUGCAAUUAUUUUUGUAGGUGUUGAUAAGGUAAAGGCAAGAUAUUGAUAAGGUCGUUUUUAUCAAAAUAAAGAAAUUGUUCUUUUACAAAUUUAUAUUAUAACUGAUUUUAUCAAACUAUUAAAGAAUUUUGUGUUUGGAAAAGAACAAAAACAAUGUUUACAAUGAGUCGAUUUAAAAAAAGUGCAUGCUCAAUUAUUUAUUCAGAAUUUAAAUACGGAAAUUUAAAUUCGGAAAUUUGGAAAUUUAAAAAACGAAAGAAUAAGUUUUACGAAAUAUAUCGAGACUCAAUCAAAUCUUGACUCAACUUUAUCAAUUGUAAAACUUGUCAGAAUCACAACAUCGCACUCUUGUCGCUCGAUCGUUGCUAAAUCUGUGGUCUCACUUUUACUGCAGCGAUUCCUGACGAUUUUUGUACCGCACUCGUGUGAUGUUGACAAGUCUUGUACAUAAUUGUAAUGACGUGUGUGUAAGGCUUGAUUUACUCGUGAAAUCGUAAAAGUACUGUCGUUACUGUGAUUCGUUCGCUCGUCAUUCAUUUAUUCGUGUUUCCCAGUGCGGGAUUCCGACUUUAGAAUUUGUUAAUAAACGGUAAUUAUUUUUUUGUUUCUCGUUCUUGUUUUGUUGUAUUGUUCUUAAUAUCGUAAUAAGCAUACCGAUCUGCGCGCAAUUUAUGGUAGUUCGUAGGUUUUAAACGUGAUUUACGCCAAAAAUUAAGAUGCACAUUGUGACUUUAGCUAUUUAUAUUAUAUAUUAUUAUAUUAUUAUAUAUUAUAUUAUAUUAUAUACACACACACACACCCACACAUAUAUAUAUAGAUAUAAAUAUUCAUAUGAAAACAAGUCUCAUCGAUAUCAUAUAACUUCACUCUCUAAAUUUAGCUACAUAGCACCUGUUUUGUUUGCGAUUUACAAAAAUAAAAUUAAAAGAAAAAUGCAGUACUUUACGCCAAUGUCUUGCGGUGUUAAUUUCAUAUUUCUUUUCCAAGAUGCGCAUUGUACAAAUAUAAUAAAUAAAACAUUUUAACAAUUCUUGAAAUUAUUCAUAAAAUAUGUUCCGCUAAGUUUCGAUUGAUGACAAUUAAUCGGAGAAAAUGGCAAUAUAUAUUACAAUUCAUAAAAUUUAAUAUUUAUAGUGUUAAUAUUUAUUUAUUACGCAUUGAAAAUGUUAUUUGUCAUCAUUUCUAAUUAAAUGCUUGAAUUAUUUGAGAUUUUGAUUUGCCGUGUUUUUUCAGAUACAUUUACGCGAAUUUUACACAUAUCUUACACUUUUUCCCCUAUACAAAACAAAUCGCAUUUCUGAUGCAAUUGAUUACAUCGGUAUUUGCGAUGUUUAAUGGCACUACAAGUUUCUAUUUGUUAUUUUAAUUCGAAAUUAUUAAGCAACACACAUCAUUAUCAUAAAUGCACUACUUGCAACUAUUUAAUGUACUGCCAUGAAAUUAUAUUUAAAAAUAUAAUUACGAAAUUUCACGGCUAUCUCGAAUCUCUAUUUCAUUCCUUUCGUCAUCCCUUUAUCUAAAAAAAUUAUAAAUAAAAGCAAUAAUGAAA